AUGGCUACCGCUACCCGUAAAAGAAAGCAAGACGAGGAGCUUGUCGCCUUGCCGAGCGACGACAGCGAGGAGGAGGAGGAGUAUGAGGAUUCUGAACCUGAGGUAGCCGCUGGUGAGGAUGACGAGUCUGAGGAUGAGGAGGAGGACGACGAAGUCGAUGAGGAAGACGAAGACGAGGAGCAAGAUGUGGAGAAAAGAAAGGGUGAUGUUGUAGAAGACCUGCCAGCCAAGAAAAAGCGCAAGACCAGUGACCCCUCCACAAAAGAAACAGCUGCCUUGCCUGGUAAGGAUGGAGGCGCAAAGGGCGAAGACGAGGACAACGAUGAGGAAGGAGAAGAAGAAGAAGAAGAAGCGGCUCCUGCAAAAAAGGCCAAGGAAGUCGCACAAAAGGGCGAGGCCGAGAAGCCUACUGCUGCCGAUGACGAGGAGGAGGAGGAUGACGAAUAA